CCGCCAUCCAAGCUGACUGACAUCAACUCCCAAGUUUCGACUCAAUCUUGUUCAGACUUUGUUUCUCCACCGCCUCAACUAGGAGUUGGAGAUGGUUGCAAUUGCGUCCAAUGUGGAAAGUGCAUUGCUUCAAUGGCAGGUCUGCCAGUUUUAUACAGCCAUCUUGGUGGCUUGGCACCCAUCCCGAGUGCCAUUUGGCUUGAAAUGCCGACGGGAAAAGCUGGCCAGACGGAAACACGGCGGUCACGAGGGCCAGACCACAUAGCAGUGCGAGCGGUCUGGUUAUGGGAAAUGAUCCAAUUUAUCACGCUAUGGCAGAUCCGGAUCGACGUGUUUGUUUGCAAUCUGGCCAGGUUAUGCAUGUCUUGGGACCUCCCUUCUUUUGCUGUCAACUUCUAUUGCUAA